ACAAGACUAAUAUAAGUCGAAUCUACAAAAGUUAGUAUUAUCUCACCUGGUGGGAUACGAACAAGUAACUCAGCUAACUUAGCGAGGGUCAGACAUGAGUUCAGGCGACAGCUCUGAGUUCAACUCUUGUGAUGAAGCCGAUAUGCCUAUAAUUACUCAAUUUGUAACUGUACCAACUAUCAAGAAGGAUACUUCUACUUUGUUGGGUAACACUGAGAAAACUAACAGUGGAAGAUCAAUUAAUAUGAGUUCGGACGAUAGCUUUGAACUCGAAUCAUGUGAUGAAGCCGAGAAGACUGAAUCAACUGAAUCAGUAGAUGCAGGAGUCAUUACUAAGGAGGAUGCCUCCACCUUGUUGAGCCAUGCUAAGAAAACUAAAAGUGAAAGAUCAAUUAAUACGAGUUCGGACGACAGCUUUGAACUCGAAUCGUGUGAUGAAGCCGAGAAGACUGAAUCAACUGAAUCAGUAGAUGCAGGAGUCAUUACUAAGGAGGAUGCUCCCAUCUUGUUGAGCCAUGCUAAGAAAACUAAAAAUGAAAGCUCAAUUAAUAUGAGUUCGGACGACAGCUUUGAACUCGAAUCGUGUGAUGAAGUCGAGAAGACUGAAUCAACUGAAUCAGUAGAUGGAGGAGUCAUUACUAAGGAGGAUGCCUCCACCUUGUUGAGCCAUGCUAAGAAAACUAAAAAUGAAAGCUCAAUUAAUAUGAGUUCGGACGACAGCUUUGAACUCGAAUCGUGUGAUGAAGUCGAGAAGACUGAAUCAACUGAAUCAGUAGAUGGAGGAGUCAUUACUAAGGAGGAUGCCUCCACCUUGUUGAGCCAUGCUAAGAAAACUAAAAAUGAAAGAUCACUUAACAUGAGUUUAGACGACAGCUCUGAAUACGAAACAUAUGAUGAAGAUGAAUCUCCUGAAUCUAGUGAAACGAUAGUUGCAGCAGCUACCAGUGAGAACACCAUUUCUACUUUGUCGGAUAAUGCAACUUCUAGUGGUUCUACUCUCAUCGAGGCAAACUCAGUUUCAACAUUUGCAAUUAACAAUGCGAUUUAUUUUCCGAUGGAUACUGACUAUUUUCAUAAUUUAUUUGAAAUUGGUGAUGGUGGUACGACAAGUAAUGCUAGCAGCACGUAUAUUUAUGUUCCAAUAUUUGCUGAUGUCGGGGAUGUAGCUUCAAUACCAAGCGAUGAUGAAUUUAUACUGUUGGAUACUUUAGAAGACUCGUUCGCUGUAAAUGUUUCUCUAGCAACAAACCCAGAUGACACAGAUGAUUCAUCAUCUGAUGAUUCAGAUGAUUCAGAUGAUGCACCAACGUCUCAGUAAAUUUAAUGUAUUCCUUCGAUAAAUACCAGAAUGCUUGCAAUUCGAAAAAUCUACAGCCUUCCUUUUGUAACAAAAAGAAAGUAGUUAUAAGUUGGAUUUAAAUGUUUCAACUGGUAUUAUCGAUAAAUUGUGACCUUUACAGUUUUACAGUGUUCAUUUCAUUAAUUUUGCAAAUGUUGUGGAUGUCUGUGAUUACAGAACCCUACCCUAUUGUAUUUGUUAAGAGUGAGUUCAACACUGAAAUUAUUACGGAUGUAAUUGGAUUUCUACAGGUUACCAUAAUUCCUGGCCAGUCCCAAUUCGUAAUAUUCAAACUUUAGCAGGAGAGGUUUAAAUACAUGUUCACGUGUUGAUAUAUGAGCACAUCAUGGAAAUCAAAAACAACCAGCAGGAACACGUAACUACUUGUCAAAGUUGUACGUUCAGUGUAUUCAGGUGGAAAUAUCGUAUCAAGAAAAAAUACAUUUGGUUUGGAAGAAAAUUUAUUUGAUGGUACUAUAUUAACAGAUACAUUUACACUGGGUUUUGUUAAUAAAAGUGUUACAUUCUAAUAAAUUAUUAAC